UUGUUGCGUUUGUUCAGUUGUCGGUCUGACAACACGACGGGUGGUUUGUUUCGUGCGUGCGCGGUGUGUAAAACAAAACGUCACAGCUUUGCAGAAACAUCUGUCAAAUUAAAAAUAACAAAGAGUUUUUCUUCGUGUGCAAUAGUUUUUCCUAUGGAAAUUCUCUUGUUUUGCAAUUGUUUUUAAUAAUUUUCAAUGCAUGGUGUUAAAUGGGAUAGUUAAAUUACAGUUCUGGGGCACUCACAAAAUUAAACUUUUGUUUUGUUAGCUGAAAGUGUCCUAUAAAGUGAGUUCUUAAAUUUUAGUUGUCGAUUAUAUUUUUCGAGAACUAAAUUGUCGUUUUAUUUUAUUAUAUUUUUUCGAAUGAGUUUCUGUGCAGUGACAAACAUUUAUAUUUUGUUUAGAGUGAACUUCUGAAAGCUGUGGUGAAAAACUCAAGAUGUCGAAGGUGUCUCUGAAUAAUAUUCCUUCUAAUCCACGGAUAAGUCGUCUGAGAACAUAUUCUCGGACCGAAAGCGAAACAUCAUGUGAAGAGGCAGCAAGACUAACAGCGGAAGGGGCAGGAGACGCUGAUGAUGACGAGGCUUACGACUACACGGCUCUGCCCCCACCCCCCGACGGAGGGUAUGGUUGGGUCGUGGUCUUCGCCUCCUUUAUGUGCAACUUGGUGGUGGACGGCAUAGCGUACACCUUUGGCAUAUUUCUGCCAGAACUGGUCGUGUACUUUGGAGCGGGAAAAGGAACUGUUGCGUGGGUCGGCAGUUUGCUUUCAGGAGUGUAUUUGGCGGCUGGUCCAAUAGUGUCGGCGCUAUGCAACAAGUUUGGGUGUCGCGCGGUCUGCAUCGCCGGUUCUAUAAUAGCGACGGUGGCUUUCGUGCUGUCGUCUUACAGCAAAAGCGUUACGAUGAUGAUGAUCACUUAUGGACUGCUUGGAGGUAUCGGGUUCGGUAUGAUCUAUUUGCCUUCAGUGGUGGCUGUGGGUUACUACUUCGAGACCCGCCGGUCCCUCGCCACCGGCAUAGCCGUCUGCGGGUCAGGAGUGGGCACAUUUACCUUCGCGCCCCUGGCUUCUUAUCUCUUAGAGCAGUUCGGAUCGUGGCAAGGCGCAAAUCUGCUUCUUGCCGGCCUGAUUCUGAACUGCGUCAUAUUUGGAGCGCUUAUGAGACCAUUGGUCUAUCCAAAGACGUCAGGAGAAAAACCUUUGCUGCAACGUAUGGCUGAAGAAAAGAGACUGCAAAUGGAAAGGGGAUCAAUCGGCGGGUCCUACUUUGUUGUACAAUUACCUGAUGGCACUAUGGAGAAGAGAAUGAAGCAGGCGCCGCUCAACAUAGACCCUGGGGUCCACUCGUCCCUGAACCUCGAAGCCCUGGCCCGCGUGCCCACGCAACCCAACAUGCACGGCGUACCCACCGUGCCUACACUCCCCACCAUCACAGAGGCUAAAAUCCCGGAGGAGAAUGGACACAAAAAGGGUGAAAACGGAUCAGCAGUGACGGCAGCCCAGGCUCAGCAUAUUUCCCGUAACGUUUCGUCUCCGGCGUUCAGCGCGCAAGCCCCUGGACUGCCAAAGAAUGGAUCCGUUCCGUUCUUCGACAGACAAAGAAAACAGAGCACCGGAGAUAGGUCAGCCAAUGAUAGAUUUAAACCGUCCCUGGCAGCGAUUAGAGCUACGUCCAAAACAUCAGUACAUAGUCAAGCUAGAAAUGAUGGCGACACAGAAAGUAUGAUGACGUCAAAACUGUCCGUGGCCGGCCCCCGCGAGCCGCCGCGCAUGGUGCGGCCGAUGUCAAGGAAAGACAUCUUCUAUUCGGGAUCCGUGCUAAAUCUACCUCAAUACCAGAGCCAGAAGUCUUUACAAGGAUACAGAAACUCUGUGCUUAGCUUGCCACAGAGCAGGCAAACGGGAGACUUGGAGAGACAGGAACAAUACGACCUCUGCCCGUGCCUCGCUCUCCCCAACUCGUUCAAGUCCGCGCUGGCCUCGAUGUUGGACGUGAGCCUGCUGCGGGACCCGGCCUUCAUGCUGAUCGGCGUGUCCAACGUGUUCGGCAUGGCCGGCCUCUACGUGCCGUUCGUGUACCUCGUGGACGCUGCUAAAGCUAACGGAAUUGAACAGGGCCAAGCAUCGUUCCUGAUCUCCAUCAUCGGUAUAACCAACACGGUGGGCAGAAUCGCGUGCGGAUGGGUCGCAGACUUCCCUUGGAUGGAUACACUGCUGCUCAACAAUAUUUGCCUGGUUAUCGCUACGAUAGCGGUGGCGUCUACUCCUUUCUGUUUUUCGUAUGCCUGUUACGUGUUAAUGGCUAUUGCCUUUGGAUUAGCUAUUUCCGGCUAUAUCUCUCUAACGUCCAUCAUUCUAGUGGACCUACUAGGACUAGACAAAUUAACGAACGCGUUCGGUCUUCUCAUAUUAUUCCGUGGCGCGGCCGCCAUAGUGGGCACGCCUCUAGCGGGCGCGGUGUACGACGCAACCAAAACAUACGCCCCUUCGUUUUAUAUGGCAGCUGCCUUCUUUUUGGCGGCCACAUUGACGUCUUUCGCAGCGCCUAUGUUUAAGAGGAAACAGGAAGAGGUCCAGCAGCCGCUGGACGUGCUGACGCCCAUCGACGAGGACCUGGAGGAGGGCGAGGAGGAGGACCCCGACGACACGCCCAUCACCAUGGGCGCGCGCCUGGCCUCGCGCGCGCCCGCCAUCGUGCGCACCGCGCCCUCGCCCUCCGACCCGCCCUCGCCCGCCUCGCCCGCCUCGUCCGCCUCCCCCGCCUCGCCCGCCUCGCCCGCCGAGCUGUCGCAGAGGGAGAGCGUGCUGUGAGCGGGGGAACCAGUGGGGUCUUGAGGAGAGUGCGCUCUAAAAGUAGCAAGAAGUAAGUCUCUUUAUUCUUUCCAUAAUGCCCUGUUGAGUUGUUGUAUUUUGGGAUCGUAAGAUCAAUGUGGCAGCCCUCACUCUCCGACGGUUACUCUUAAAAAUUUUACAAUAUACCCAAUUGGUAGGAUAUGAUGUCAAAUUAACAUGCAAAACACAUCGGACAUCUGAAAAUAAGUACAAUGUUUGCCCGCGCGGAGUAUGUAACUCCGUAUUAGUAUGACAUUUUCUUUAAUUUUGAUUUUAAAUUUAUUGUAAAAAUAAAUGCCAAUAAAUAUUUAAAGGCAAAAACCCCAAAAAGCUGACCGGCCUUUAACAGCCAUGUCUUGCUACACUUUUAUUUAACUAGAACACGAAUAUCGCUCACUUUUAAAAUAGGAAAAAACUGAAUUAGUUUUACAAGUGACAAUUUUAAUUAAAGUCCACCAUUUUGAUAUAUGGACCUUUUAAAAAAUCUUUCUAUGCUGCGAUUUUGCUAAUGUACUCUAUAAAAAUUAUAAGUAUAUUGUAUACAUUUGUAUUAAUUAAUUUUAAGUAGUUUUAUUUAUUAACCCUCUGCUAUGAUACAAUUUUGUACUCAAACGGUUUCUAUCACUGAAUGUCUAUGAUCUUCCAAUGUGGCUUAGCCUUACAAUUAUAAUAUUUCCGACAACUCUUUAUAAUUACUGGCUAUCAAAAAAGUAAAUAAAUAACACGAUCUCAUUAGUUUGAUAGCGAUAUUCCAAAGGUUUCUCGGAAAUUAUUAUACUUCUCAUUUAGACGCAUUUUUUCGUGGAAAUGACAAAUUAUAUUUUCUGAUGGAAAUGUACAGAACUUGUAAAAAUCCUACUCUUUUUGGUAACUAUAAUAAAUACUUAGUUUUAAAAGUAAACGACUGGAGGUUACCAUAGGAUCGUAAUGUGAUGAGUUAAAAUAGGAAUGUCUUGGAAUUGACUGCAAGCAAUAAGCACACGUUGCAUUUCUAAUGGAAUGUUAAGAUUCUAACGUGCCAUAUAUAGUUGAGGUGCUAGUGUCAACUCAAUGCUAAUAUACUCAAUGAAAGUAACACAUACAAAUAUGUCCAAACAUCUAGCAAUAAUUGUAGUACUUAUAGGCUGUAAGUACUUAGAUGCAAAAAUAACAAGGAUCGUUUUGAUUUCUAAUUGUUUUCUGUUUCUUGUAUUGGGUUUCCAGUACCACAAUUCUUUAUUGCCCGUAUUACUACACGACUACUAAGCUAUUUAUCUUUUUAAUAAGUAUACUAACAUUUUACUCACGAGAACUUAUUUUAAUUAACACUUAACUAAUCCAGAAUUCUAUUGUAAUUACGAUCAAUUAUGUAAAUAAUUAAUAAUAACUGCACAGAUGUAAAUAAACAAUGAAUAAAUAGAUAGGAUUUGAAGUUUUGACGUCGGUUAUAAAUUAGACCUUUGCCUUUUCAAGAAGCUUUCUUGGCCUGAACUAUUUUCAUCGAUUAGACGUGCCUCAGUAUGUCAUCUAUCGGCAUUUUUAACUUGUUAUAAGAGAGAUGUGAGAACCAUAUCCUCAAAUUAAUGAUAAAUAAGGUCAAAGCUUAUGCUCCUUGGAGUGUACUGUUAUAUAAAUAAAAAAAAUUAAGUAGCCGAUUUCACAAAAGUUAUUAUCUUAAUUAAUGUUUUAUUUUCAUUCUACUUUUAUUAAAAUGACAAUUUAUAGAAAAGAGAAUUUAUGUUGUACUUACGUCAACUCUUGCGUUCUUAACAAUCUGUACUGUGUUUUAUCAGUUAGACAAGCGGUAGUACUUUAGCCUUUUAAAUCUUUCCAGAAUCAAUUUCUCGAGCUUGGCUUUACUUGCAGUUUUGAGAGAGAUAAAUAUAUUAUAACGUUGUAUGUCAUGAUAGUUUGCUUUUCGAUGUUUUAUCAAUAUUUGUUGAGACUUUUGUCUCACUAGGCAAACUGCAAUGGCAUACCGUUCAACCCACGGAAGUAUAUCCAACUUGCAAGACCAAGAAAACAAGAUCAGAAUAAAAAAUACGACUAAAACAACCCUAUUUUUUCCAUAACUUUCAAAAUAGGCCACUGAGAAAAAGACAGAAAUUUUCUAUUCUGUCCCUAAUAACAUCAUUAGAAUGAGGUUCAGGUAUAAUAAUAUAAUAAUUAUUAUUAUUUUAUCAUGUUAAUACAUUGAGGUAUACAUGGUACGAUGAUUUUUUACUAAGAUUAUGAGAGACUGGUGUCUGAGCAGCGCUUGCAUCUCAGUUACACCAGCCUCCCUUUCCAAGAUAAGUGGAGUAAAACAAUGUGUGAUAUGUAAUAACAUUAGACAGUAUCACAGUAUUAGACACAUUCAAAACAUUUACACACUUCUGCCGGAGUGGUCGUGGUCAUGGAUCAUUUGUGGUUGGUUGCUGUUUCCAGGUUGGUUAUAUUUCCUUGGUCCAAUCUUUGUGUGCCAUCGUCUAUGAACAACUUGUAAAUAUAUUGAAUAAGUUAAAAAAACACAUGUGAGUAAUGCAACGCAGUCAAUUUUACGUGCAUCAUUCAAUACCAAAAACACCUUUAUGUAGAAAAUCUAGGCUUGUACUUGCCAGGUAGGGUGUAUAUAUACAAACUUAGAAUAUAGGUAAUAAUAUAUUUUUGUCAUAGAUAUUUUUGUCAAUAAAAAGCAUAAUUUAGUUUUAAGCUUAAAUAAUGAAUGUAUAGAUGAAGUGAGGAUAGAAGAGAAUUAUGUGAUAAUAAAAACCGUUAAAAAUAUUUCGUUUGUAACAACUCGUAUUUUAUUAUUAAUAAUGAUAUGCCUAUUAUUAUUGUAUUCAUUAAGUUUACAUGUAAACAGUAUAAAAUUAUGAAAUGUAUUAAGAAUAUUCAAAAACUUAUGGAUGAAUGUUACUGUUGUUAUAGCUUUAUGUAAAAACCAAACGUGUUAUUAUGUUUUAAGGUUUAAAAUAUCGAAGAGAGUGGCGAAUUUGUAACAGAUUAUAUACAAUGUAAUCAGGACGUUUAAUUGUUAAUAUUAAAGUUCAAAAUGGUUUGAGAAUCAUGUAUCAUUAUUAUAAUUUAAUCUUAACAAACUGACCGCGAUGGUCUUAAAUUUUUUAAAGUAUAUUUGUUUUAAAAACGAAAAAUUAAAUACGCUUUGAUCUAAAUGAAGGUUUUAUGUAUUCAGUAUUGGCUCAAAGUAUUGUUUUUAUUUUUUGUUUGUACAAGAAUUAUGAAUGCUGUUUUCCAUUGCCUAAAGAUUUAUGAGCACGCAAAUAUGAGUACAAAUAAUUUCACUGAAAUACUUGAAAAGAAAGGAUUUACUGUAUUGUUUUUGUAUCUAUCUUGUUUUUAAGUAAUUAAUUUUUCUGUUCUUCUUUUUGUCUAUGGGGCCUAAGUUUUUAGGUUGCUGUUUAAAUAAUUAGGCAAUGUGUAAAAUAAUUAGUAAUUUAGAAGUUUUCCAUGGUAUGCGCUAGCGCACGGCGCACGCAACGCUUGCGCUCAAAGAAAGCUUAUGUUGAACAUGUCCACCGAAAAUUACUUUGUAAAUAACAGAUUUUAUUAAAUAAUCAUGACUGAAA